AUGAGUCGAAAUGCAUUUCUCGCUCGCAUGGCCUUGGGUCGGUCGAUGUACGAAGCACCACAAAUAACUUCAGAACCAGCUCCUCAGUCAAUGAGAUCCGAUGAGCAGCAAUACAAUGCCAGAGGUGAACCCAUCAGCAUAGCCACCAAACGCCACAAUGAAGCCAUGAUAGCAGCUAAGAACGAGGUGCUGGCGGCUGUGGGUGUAUGCGAAAAGAAAGACAAGCUUAUCGACCGUAUGAGUGAGGAACUACCCGAUGGUGAAUAUCGAGUCCAUUUCUCCGACGAAGAAUGGAAAAUCAUCAAGGAUGGCGAAGACGAUUAUGGUGAACUCAUCCGCAUGACUGCAGAGACUUCGAGAAAUGUCUUGGAGUGGUGGCUUCUGGGCCUGAGGAGAAGGUUACAAGUCGGUCUUGUCUCAUCUGACCUCAGUUUCUUGGACAUCCUGUCAGCCGAGUGGGCAUCGUUGACCAGCGAUGGAUUCAUCGGUGCUAUUCGAUUCCUCACAGUCGGCGGACUGGCAGAAGUCACAUCUCAACUCAUCAUAACCUUUGUUGACUGGUAUCUGGGCGAACAAGUCUUGAAGACCAGCAAGAAGAUCAUCCGGCUGAAAUCAAGCACCAGGAAGCGGUUUCUGCUGCUACGAUGCGUAAACUACAGUUACAAGGCCAUCAAUGCCUUGCUCCACCUUUCAGUUUACCCUCUAGCUUCCUUCUCAUGUCUGCAACAAUUAGGCCUCAUAUCCUCGAAACCCCUCUUGCCUCCAACAUCCUGGCUGGCACCUUGGAGUUCUGCAUCGCCUGUCCAUUGGGCUUUGCUAAAUCAAGAGCCAAUACGAGGAUCUAAAGUCCUAGGUUUGGUGGCUUCGCCAGCAGGGAUGUGGUUAGUCAUGGCUUUGCUCCAACACUCUGCCGCCUCAGCAUAUGGCCAUGUUCCGUUGUUCGAAUACAACUGUAUCUUGGGUCCUCACAACUCUACCUGCCCAUCGCAGACGAACGAUGCCGAGUCCAGCUAUCUAACACCAUUUUCACGACUUCGGGACAAGCUGUUGCAAUCUCUGGGCUGGGCGUCAGUCCCUUCUGUAGCAGAGAAGGAGACACGAGACUUGACACAAGAGUUGAGUGUACGCAAUCAAGAGACAAGGACAGAAAAGCCACAACAUCGCACUGCCACACGACACCGUGUCACCGAACUCUCAACUCUGUCCUCCAAUCUUCUAGCCUUGAACCUUGAUUACCUCUUCUGGUCUAUAAUCUUACUACCCCUCGACACGAUGCAUCUUACAUCACUCUCAUCGGCGUUUUCCUCGAGCUCAGCAGCAAGGACUAGUGUUGAGCAUGGCAGAUCCGCAGGUCUGGUGCCACUGUUGGCAGCAUCAAGGAUGGCGAGAAUGAACAAGAUAGGCUUGUGUCUGGCAUUGGAGUUUACGCUGGACACGGCGGUCUGGGGCGGAGCAUUCCUCUGGGCAAGAUACGUCGGUGUCUCUAGAUAUUUCUGGGGUAGUACGUGA